CAAGUUCUGUAGCCACUCACACAGUUACAGGCUGCUCACUCGCUUUCACUGUCUUUCAAAUUCCAGACCUUCGAUUUUGAGCAUCUCAUUUGGCUUUUAUUCUCCGGCGAUGAGUUUAUUCAGAACCGCGACGAAAUUGAGCCGUCUGAUUAGACCGGUUCAUCAACAUCAAGGACUUACGUCGCUACUCUCGCCCAGACGUUUCGCCACUGAAACCCAGCAGCCCAGUCAGGACACAACUUCCGAUUCAUUUCUUCGAACUCCAGCCACUGGACUAGUUUAUGGGAAAUUAUUUGGCACGACAAAGCAUACAAUGAAGACCGAUGUUCUCAAUUUGUUGCAAGGGUGUAACUUGAGUACAGAUGAUGUCAAAGUUUGUUACGAUCACUACUAUGAGACAAUGUCAAUGUCCAUACAGUUUCCUUCGCAAUCGGCUUAUAAUGCUGGAAUUAGGUCAAUUAGCAGGAAGGGUCGCUUCAGAUUGGAGACGGCUGGUCGCUCGCAGUGGGAAACAUUAAAACCCUAUGAUGGAAAAGCUAUCUUACUUCAAGGAAUCCCCCGUAAUGCUUUGAUGGAGGAUGUGCAGCGAUUCCUCUCUGGUUGCCAGUAUGAUGCAUCCUCCAUGCAGAUGUUUUUCAGACAGGCAUUCCCAAACACGAUUAGAAUGGCACUUGUGCAUUUCCCUUCACAGGCUCUUGCGAUGCAUGCUUUCAUUACCAAAAAUCAAGGUUUUUGUCUGAAUAGUCAAAUCUUGGUGCGGAUCCUCCAUUAGUUUUUUCUCUUGUGCGGAUCCUGGUAACAUUGGUUGCCCUUUUCGUUUGGGCGGUGCUUUAGCAUACAAGGGACGCUAGGAUGUGGAAGUGGCAAUUAGAUGACCGAACUCCUGUAUCCCUAAUUUGCAAUCUUCAAAAUUUGUUGAAACAAUUACGUUUGAAUUUUCUUGUUUAAUUUGUACUUUUCUUAUGCUUGAGUUAUUUCCAUUGACCAAUCAGGCACUGACUUUUCCAUGAAUUUUUAAACUAACCAUGGAACUACAAGGAAAGUUGGAGAGAUGUGCAUUCGUCAUCAUUAACUUUGGAAGGAGAAUUAUAUUUGUAUUC